CGCCGUCGCGAGUCUCGUUCGGGGCCACAUUUAGGCCAGCUAUAAACCGAUACCAGAACGUUUUUCCAUUCAGUCAUCUCUCCAACUGCCGAAGCGUACUGAUCUCUCCUGGCCACAAACGUCAAGAGGAUAUCAGCGAGUGCUGAAAAUUUGUGUGUGAUCUAUAUUCGCUUGAACUUAGCUGAACGGAGUUGGUCCCGAACCUUCGUGGUUUCAAAUUCAGAAUAUUUUGGAGAUCGAGUGUUAAUUUUAAGAAUGUCCGUGCUGCGAACACUAGCGCUACUGGCCAUCGGUGCCACCGUGGUACUGGCUCAACGACGACUUGCCCUGCCCGAUCCUAGGAGUUGUGCCAACCGCGUGCGGCACGCCACGUACCGAGAUGCCCGUGGAGUAGCCCAUUCGUACUUCUUCAGUUGGGAACACCAGCCAACUCGCAACCUGGAAGUGGACUGGCUCGAUGCCCGUAACAUCUGCCGUCGCCAUUGUAUGGACGCCGUUUCGAUGGAAACGCCUCAGGAGAACGAAUUCAUCAAGCAGCGCAUUUCCCGUGGAAACAUACGGUACAUCUGGACGUCCGGCCGCAAGUGCAACUUUGCCGGAUGCGAUCGCCCCGACCUGCAGCCACCAAAUGAGAACGGAUGGUUCUGGUCCGGAUCGGGAGUCAAGAUUGGACCAACCACCACGCGCAACACCGGAGACUGGAGCUACACUGGAGGGUACGGACAGCAACAGCCCGACAACCGCGAGGCAGCUCAGGGUAACGACGAAUCUUGCCUGUCGAUUCUGAACAACUUCUACAACGACGGUCUGAAAUGGCACGACGUCGCUUGCCAUCAUCUGAAGCCGUUCGUAUGCGAAGAUUCCGAUGAGCUGCUGAACUUUGUCCGCUCCCGCAACCCAGGAGUCCGUCUAUAAACCCAAAACCCACCUUCAAUAAAAUACCCCUCCCCUUCCCCACUCAUCCCCAAUUCCAAUGUCCUAAUGAGUCCAACUCAUCCAACCAGUGAGGAUGACGUAGAUCAAACUGAAGUCAUCACCAGAAGAAGAAGAAAAGAUCAACCAAUCUGAAGUCAGGUGUCGUGAUGAUGCUUUCAGGCGUGACCUGCGACAAUUUGAACUUAAAGCUCGGUAAAAAAGUUUUCGCGGAAAAUUACAAAAAAAAAUGAACAGCAACCGAAAGCUUCAAAAAACUGUACGUUGUAUUCUUAUUGUGUUUUAUUAUUUAUUGUAAUGUAAUUAUGUUUUAACAUAAAGGAUGAAAAUAACUCAUGAACAUUUGUGCAAAUUUUCUCUGUACAAAACAGCUGCGAAGAGGAGCAAAAAAGAAGCAGAACUAACAUGAAGAAGAUAUUAGGCGAAGAAGAAGUGAUGCAAGAUUAGAUCAUGUGAGGGCCAUUUUUCUAUUUGGAAAAUUUUAAAUCAAAGCUGUUUUCUUUAAUUCGAAUUAAAUACAAGAAGUCAUCCAAAUUUUAUCGCAUUGUCCAGUUUAGCAUCAGUGAUUCAAGUGUUUGUACAUUUGUAAGUUUUUGUUUUCUAUCCUGGAAAAUAAAAAGUACUAAAUCUUA